AGACUAAGACUAGUUAGCAAACAAGACAGGUUAUCAUUUCCUCAUUUUGAGGCCUUUGUCCCUCAAGGGGGCCAGAAUCUCUUUCAAGGUCCUGAUUGUGAAGGGCUCCUAGGUGAGCACUGGGUGUCUGACCCCCACCAGGGGCUUCUGGACGGGAUCUUGCUCUGGAAGGAAACAUGAACCUCUGGCUUUGGUCGCUUUGCUUCCUGCCAGUCUCCGGGGCUCUGAAGAUCCUCCCAGAAGUAACUCUGGAUGGAGCCCUGGGCGGAUCUGUUGUCAUCGAGUGCCCGCUUGCUGGAGAAACAGAAGUGCGGAUGUACCUGUGCCGGCAGAUGGUUAACACGGGGUCGUGUAAUACGGUGGUAUCCAACAACUUUGUCAAUGACAAAUACAGGCACCGGGUCGCUCUGAUGCCAUGUUCAGACAAGAAUCAGUUUCUAGUGGAGCUGUCAGGGCUCACUGAAAGUGACAGUGGGGUCUAUGCCUGUGGAUUGGGCAAGAACACAGACCGAGGCAAAACCCAGAAAGUCACCUUGAAUGUCCACAAUGUAGAGUAUGAGCCAUUCUUGGAGGAGGAGCCCAUGUCUGAGCCUCAGAAAUUGUUGUAUGAAUUUCUGCAACAACACAUGCCCAACUGGCUUCAGAUGCUUCCACAGGCCAGGGAUGCCGAAUUCAUACCCAAAGUUGCCACACCAGCUCAAAGGACUGAGGCCCCUCCAGUCCACCACUCCGGCAUCACCACUCCAACCACCCGCCAGCCUCGACCUUCCACAGCAUCCUCGGCAGCAACUGCCAAGCUGCCAACACUCCUGCCAUCCACCACAGCCUCAGACACCUCGGCUCAGGAAGGGGUGCUCGGGCCCCAGGAGGCCAGUUACAAGCACCACUCCUGGCUUCACAGGCAAAGAGCAUUCACCCCCGGCUCCCAGGCUGGGAGGGAAGACCAAGGCUUUCACAUCCUCAUCCCCAGCGUCCUGGGCCUCCUGCUGCUGGCGCUCCUGGGGCUCGUGCUUCGAAGAGCCGUUCAGAGGAGGCGGGCCUUCUCCAGGCGGAUCCGCCGCCUGGCGGUGAGGAUGCGCGGCCUGGAGGCCUCGGGGCGGCCCGGAUCGCGCCAGCCCCGCGCGGGGCCCCAGGGAGGCCCCGCCCCCAGAGUGCGCAGCCACGGCGCCCCUCGCCCCGCCCCAGGUGCCUGAAACUCCCUGGCUUUAUGCCCCAUCACAUAAGACCAGCUGUGAAUAUGUGACCAUCUGCCACCUGCCUGCUGCCCAGAGGGAGGACCCUGAUUCAGAUGAAGAUGACUACAUCAAUAUCCUCAGCCUGACCUCCCUGCCCAGCUGUCCUCCUGGAGCCAUACCAUGGCGCCAGUGAGUCCUGCCUGUCUACUGAAUUCCAGUGCCUGCUCCAUUUCUUAGCAGGAAUGUGGUCACCACCCACAUCUCAUGCCCCAUCUCAAUGCUCAUGCACAGCUACUUGUGCUCUGAACAUAGCUCUGCCUCCAGCCGACCUCGCACACAUCUGCAGCCCUGUGUUCAUCACAGAGGCUCCAGGCAGGCAGAGCACUCAUCUCGAUGCCAUCUGCUUCUUCUCUAUUGAACAGGCUUGCAGGGUGUCCCAUCAGUGUCUGAGGUCCUGGGGUCUUUGCUGCCUUGACUUUGGAUCCUAUGGCAACAGGCUUGGGUAUGGGCAGCAGCGGCCCUUCCCAGGCUUGGGCCUCGCACAAACAGAAGGCCUUCAGGGUGCGUGAUGAGGAUCUGCCUCAGCUCCACAGGCUGGAAAGGGCCUGAAAUAAAAACACCCCUGGGAGCAGCUUUGUCCUGAUCUGAGGGCUGGCACUUACUAGUAAGCUUCUAUUUGUCUGUCUCAAAUCCUAUGUGGUAGGGACAAUUCAUUUUGAUGUCAUAACAGUCUACAUUUCCAGAACCAAGCUUGUUAGUGUUAGUGAUAGACACAUCGAUAUAAACAUGUAUAUAUGCAUAAA